AGGAUUCUCGGAAUCACGAACACGUUUAUCAACAAUACGCUGCUGCUUCAACACAGGAAUUGCCAACAACCUCAUGCACGAUAAUAGGAAGAACAGAUAGCAACAUGAAAUGUUUCUUACAUUGUACAACAAUGAUGUCAAACAUCCGGUUCCUGUUUAGUCGUGAUUCUGGUACAGGAAGUUGCGCCUGCUGUUAUCUCCCUUUAUCAGGAUCUGUUCUUAAUGGUUCAAAAUGGGAAUCUUUCCUCGAAGUCUCAUGUCCUUCACAUUACAAAGAGCACAAGCGUGAUGACGUCACAAUAUGUCUUGGGUAUAGCGACAGUUCCAUGGUUUAUCACGCUGUCACAAGUUCCUGUCAGACAGAGGGCGGAGAUCUUAUAAAAGUAGAUUCUCUAGACAAGUUCAACAUCUUAAAAGAGUUUUUAAAGGACACGGCUGACUUGACGACAGCCGAGGUGUGGGUCCAAGGAGAGGAAGUAAAUGGGGUGUGGCAGUUUCAUGACGGCACUCCGUUUGUUGAUCAUUUCUGCCCUCUAUUCGAGACAAACAAUAAAGGCGAGAACCACAUGAGGCUCAUUCCCCGACACAGCUUUUCCUGCCAUGAUAUGCCGGCCAGCCGAAGUUAUAAUUUUGUUUGUGAAGUCAGCUUCAGAAUUCCUUAUUAGUGACAUAGAAUAAAGCAUGGCAUCGGAAUUAAGAUGAAUAUGUUUAGAACUAGGACUGUGUUGGUACUUUCCUAAGUAGAUCGUUAGAAAUCGGAUGAUUCACUAAAGUCAUUAUACAUGUACAAUGACCAACUCCUGAAGGAGUGUUUCGUUGACUCAACGAUCAAUAUCCAUGUCACGUGGUAAUUCCUUGAUUGAUUUUAACCUAUGAGAAAACUGAACCUGCAGGAACAAUAAUUGUACGGAAAUGAUAUGUUUUGUUAAAUUGUAUUACAUUAUUUAAAGAAGGGGUUCACGCUGUCUGCUUAAGUCAUAGUUUACGUGUAUGUGUGUAAACGUCAUAGUUUGUUGAGGUUUGUCACACAAAAAUGACAUGCACUACUAAAAACAUCAUUACUUUAGUAGUUUAUUUAGCACGAUAUAGCUCGGGACCUUUGGUAUCGUGAUAGUUAUCACAUUUUGUCGAAAAAAUCUACAUGAACUGAACUAUAUAUAAUUUCAUGAUUCUUUUUAUAAACAUUUAUAUUCUAAUUCUUAUUAUAUUGUUUGAUUUUUAUUAACUUGUUUGCAUAUUCAAAGUUCCUGAAUAGUUGAAUCAUUGCCGUCUUCCUUGGAAGAAAGUAUGAUAUGAUUGAAGUAUUUUAUAGUAAGUCUUUGGACAAUGUACUUCCUCUCUUUGUGAUUGGUACAAAAUGUAUGAUGUGAAAAUUCUAAUUUAUUUCAUUGGUUGAAAUUCUGCUCAACUCAAGGAAGACCAUUUCCUGAUAAUUUAAUAUACGCACGACUUAACAAUUUUACAGGAUUUUUAUUCUUAAAAAAGAGAUAGAAAACAAAGAAAAGAAGGAAGAAAAAUUGCAACAUAAUGAAACUGACAUUUUAAUCUUAUUCAUAACAACUAUCAAAAACGUUUCCAUAAUUCAACAAAUAACAGAAAUGAUUUGUUUUUGCAUGCAAACCUUAAAAUUCUUUUAAUACUGAUAAAAUUUGGGCAAUUUUGAGUUAUUUAGUAGUCUUUGUUUCUUGCCGUGUAAAAAUUAAACACGUUAAACGUCUGCUUUUCGCCGUUUUUUAAAUGGAAAAGAAACAAUGUUUUUUCUUCUAUUUUUAGUACAAAUACCAAUGUCAACUUCAAGGUCAUGCUAGCAAAAAAAUAUUGUACAGUAGUCUCUAGUAGAUCUUUUUAAAUUUUGUUUUAUGUAAGAUUUAUCAUUUUAGAAAAGUUUGAUUACGUGAUCGUUUAAUAAAAAUAUAAAUAC